GGGAUGAACUCGGCGCAUGCGCUGAUGAGGGGGAACCCUGACUGCUGUAGCUAGCAUCUCGGUGCUAGGGGGAGUAUUGGAAACUAUACUGCGCCGGAAAAGAAAAUCCAUCAGUGACUUAUUCUAUCCCUAGCUAAUCCUCCUGCUAGCCACCGUCGCCUGGCACCCGAGACAACCUGUAAUACCCUGUAGUAGCCAGCCGCCCGGAGUGAGCAAGCAGCGUGCCAGUCAGUGCACGAUAACAUAAUUUGUUGAGUGAGAUUUUCGCAUAUUAUUCGUAUCCUCUCUUUACAGCCAUACGCUGUUAUCUCGUUACGAGUUGGGGAAGAUGAGGCUGCCGACCAGCAGACAGCAGUGUGCCAUGAUGGAAGGAGACGGCGGCCAGAAGACUGAACACGCUCCCCCUCUGAGGAACCCCUUCGUGCAUCUCCUGAGGUUCACCCCCCUGGAGAAGGCGAAGAUAGCAUUGAUGACGGUGACGAUAUUCCCAAUCAGACUCAUCAUCGUGGCGUUCAUGAUGCUUCUGGCCUGGCCCUUCGCCUUCCUGGCUUCGAUGGGACGCUCCGAGGCAGUCGUCGAACCCCAGUGCCUAUGGCGGAGAGUGGUGGACCUGCUGCUGAAGGUCAUCAUGCGGCUCAUGUGGUUCGCGGGGGGCUUCCACUGGGUCAAGGUGAAAGGUCGCAAGGCGUUGCCCGCGGAGGCGCCCAUCCUGACCCUGGCGCCCCACUCGUCCUACUUCGACGCCAUCCCCGUCACCAUGACGAUGGCCUCGAUUGUCAUGAAGGCGGAGAGCAAGGACAUACCGCUAUGGGGCACCCUGAUCAAGUUCAUCAGGCCGGUGUUCGUAUCGCGGUCGGACCCAGACUCCCGGAGGAAGACCGUGGAGGAGAUCAAACGCAGAGCCUGUUCCGGAGGGGAGUGGCCCCAGAUAAUGAUCUUUCCAGAGGGAACCUGCACAAAUAGAUCCUGCCUCAUUACAUUCAAACCAGGGGCGUUCAUCCCAGCUGUUCCUGUGCAGCCUGUUGUGAUUCGCUACCCCAACAGAAUGGACACCAUCACGUGGACGUGGCAGGGGCCAGGGGCGUUUGAAAUCUUGUGGCUGACUCUGUGCCAGCUCCAUAAUGAGUUUGAAAUUGAGUACCUUCCGAUCUACACCCCCUCAGAGGAGGAGAAGGGGAACCCAGCUCUGUUUGCCAACAACGUCCGUCGCAUCAUGGCCAAGGCCCUGAGAGUGCCCACCACAGACUAUUCAUUUGAUGAUUGCCAGCUGGCCAUGGCGGAGGGCCAGCUCCGCCUGCCAGUAGACACCUGCCUGCUGGAGUUUGCCAAGCUCGUCCGCAGACUGGGGCUGAAGACCAAGAGCACGGAGCAGGUGCUGCAGGACUACGGCCGCCGGGCCCGUAAGCUGGAGGGGCAGAAGCUCAGCCUGGAGGACUUUGCCCUCUACUUGGACAUGCCCGUCUCUGACAUGCUGCGGGAGACGUUCGCCUUGUUCAGCGAGCAUGAAGACAACACCAUGGAUAUCAGAGAAUAUGUGAUCGCCUUGUCAGUCGCUUGCAGACCAGCCAAAACUCUGGAAACAUUGAAAUUGGCCUUCAUGAUGUUUGAGGCGGAGCAGGACGGCGCCAUCACGGAGGCGGAGCUUGCGGUCAUCCUGAAGACGGCUCUGGGCGUGGCCGAGCUCAGUGUGUCCCGCCUCUUCGUAGCCCUGGACCCGACGGACACGGGAAAGAUCACGUUCGACACAUUCCGGCGCUUCAUGGACCAGCAGCCGGACUUUGCGGAGGACUACCUGUAUGCGGACAACGAGGUCCUCCACAGCUGCCCCCACUACAGCCACCAUCUGGCGGUCAAGACCAGCCUCUUCUCCACCGCCAGCCGACUGGCCACCGCCCCCCUCAAGAUGGCCAACGGUAUCUGCCCCAAGUUCAGCCCCAAGGACCACAGCAGCGACUACACAGCGGGACUCCUCAAGAAACACAAUUAGGUUUUUAUAUAUAUAGAUAUUGGAGAGCUUUGUUUUUUGUCUUUUUUAUGUUUUAUUUUUAUAAAUGUGUAAGGGAAAGCGAAACCAGUAAGCCUCUCCUGGAGAGAGCAGGAUGAAUGUUUGGGGGUUUGGUGUGAGAAGCUAGUUUGGAUAGGUAGUCGAAAUCUAUAUUUGCAUAGUCAGCCAGAAACUCCAAAAGCAGAUAGUUUACCCGAUUUUAUUGUUCGAAAAGUGGCCAUAACUCCUUUAUGGACAAGCUUACAGGUUUAAGAGUUUAUUUGAUAUCUUUGGCUUGUGUUUCUUUGGUUCUGUGGAGAAGGAACGGGGAGACACCAAACGAUUGGCGGUUUGUGACGCAUUGGGUGAAUACUUGAAGGGCGAGUGUACGCCUGUACGGUGUACCUCUGUCUGUCAGCAUGGUACCAAACCGCACGUGUUAUAUGUGAAGAGGGACACUAAAAGUAGAGAAAAAUAACGCAAAAUCUUUAAAUAAAAAAGCCCUAGUUUGUAAAGUGUCUUUAGUGAAACCCGUGUUCUCCAAUGUUCUUUUUUAUUUUAUGUUUUGUUCUAUAAGAGGGCGAAGGCGAUAACUGAACUGCAUGGUCUCAGGUGACUCUGAGCGGCGCCUGUCUGCUGGAAAGGCAUUUUUGGUUUAAUUUUUUUAUAUGUAUUGUUUUCGGAGGGUGGGGCACCAGUGACAAACGUUCGGCGAGGCCAAUCAGCUUCUCCCGGCCAAACUUGAGGUGCCAAAGCGUAAGGUAGAGGGUUCAGGACCGACCUGUAAUAUUCAACGUUUUUUUUUAGCUCAGGGUCCAGUGAUGAAAAACAAAACCUUGCUCGAAUGAUGUCAUCAUUGCCGGACAUUCACUUCUUCUCAUUUGCAUGCCCCCCCACUGCCUCUGCAACCCGUUCAUUAGCGGUUGUAUUUUUCUAAUUGUUUCAGAAUGAGGACCAAAAAGUGGAUGAUUAUGCAUCAAAUUAAUACUGCCCUAAAUUAUUCCCACCUUGUUCUUUUAUUUGUUCAUUGUCAGGGCUUUGUGAGUUUACUUGUUUCACGUUACGCAAACUUUUGCACGCCCUGCUCAUGAUAUUCAGCCAUUAUUAUUCCACUGCUGUCAACUGCAAUUCCUCAAAACAUAUUUAAAUGUCUUUACAGCCAAAACAAUUAUAAGCAGGUCUUUUAAAUGUUUUGCCUGGGCAAAUGUUUUUCUCUUAAAUUCGUGGCCGCAAAAAUAUUUCAAAAUGGAACCAGGAGCCACUUAACCAAUGGUCUAUAGAUUUCUGCUAAUGUCAAUUAUAUCUCCUAAUUUAAUUGAAUCAAAACAUCUCUCCCUCAAUAUGUGAAUUAACUUUGUUCUGCUUUUAAAUAUGCUGAUUUGCAGCAUAUGAUGUAAUUGAAAAUGUUAUUUUGAGCCGUAAACCUGUUCUUGUUUCCAAACCUGACCAUUGCAUUUUAUAUCGAAUACGUCUGAAGCCACUCAGACAAAUCAUCAUUUUAUUUGUACCGGUAAUCUGAAUCAUUAUCUGAAUUACCAUAAAACAGAUUUGCAUUAUUUGUUUGGAAAAUUACAUAAUGCAAAAUAUUUCCCAUUAAUGACAUCAGCAUCCAAAAAACCAUACAAUGUGACAUUGCUGUUUUACUUAUUUUAAUGUUUGAUGUUCAUCAAAGCCAGUGUAGUUUCAAUACAGUGUCUUCUUAAGAGACCAACGUGCAUGUUGCAAUCAUAUGCUGACAAUGAAGGUCGAAUUAAUUCCUGUUUUUUUAAUAGUACGUAUAUGCCCUUGAGUUACAAACCAAAAAAAAGUCUAAAAACACUUAAAUGCACAUUGAGUGACAUUUCAGAGCAUAAGUAAAGGGAAGUGGGUGCCAUUCCAUGUAAUUAAACCCCCAUCUACACUACAAUAAGAUGACACUUAUGCUUUUCCAUAGAGAUCUAUGCAUUCAUUGCUUGAUUCAAUCAUCUAUGAAUGCCUUCCCGGACAUGUGACGGUCACGCUCGUGGCAUUUUCUAACGGUCGACGUUGCGUUGAACCAUGCUUGCACGCCAACAUGACUUUCAGCCAGGCAAUAUCUUUUCAUCUCUUUAAGCCUUUUUCAGUGUGUAUCGUUCGUUUUCUCUGUUCACCGUUGCGAUACGUAUUUUGACUUCCGAAUGCAGGGCAUUUUGUGAAUCAUGAUGUACGUACGUGAAGUACUUUUUAUUUUAUUUUAUUUUUCAGAAGAAAAUAAUAGAUCUUUUUGCAGAGUGGAUCAACUUUCUUCAGUUGUUCCUUGUAUAAUGCUAUCGUUUCCGUGAUGUAUUCUCUGCUGACAUAGUGUGUGGGGGUCUAUUCUACUUCUAUUACUACCGCUGAGUCGACUGCUAUAGAGAUGUAUGAAAAAGCAGAUUUCAUACCGAAACUAAUAGCCUUGAAUCUAUGUACAACGACUUUAUUUAUAGUUUUAGUUUUUCCACUUUUUAAACGAGUGAAGCGAAUGUAUAGACAAUCUUGUCACACUCAGAUGCUGCUCGAAGAAUAGCACUGACGUACAGUAGAGUAUUUUCUCCUUUUGGAAUGCAACACUUUGAAGGGGGAAUCAUAGAAAUAUAUUUUCAACUGUUGGAAACCCCCACAGACGCCCACCCUCCCACUCACCUGUUUGAAGGGUGCAGAUUGUAAAGGAGUAGGCGGUGGUGUGUGUGUGUGUGUGUGUGUGCCAGACCUCGAGGUGGUGGUUAUGUUUUGGUUGAGUUCUUCCACCACAUAUGACAGGCCUGAGAUCACACAUACACACCCACUCAAACACACUACACUUCAUAUCGGGAGAAAACUUGUGAAUGCAGUGCCGACACAUUUAUUCACGUUUGCAAUUAUGAUUGCCUCAAUUGCUUCACGUUUUGUGUUUUUGUUUUUAUUGCUCAAAUCAUGCACAUUUGAGCGGGCAUUGUAUAUUCGGUUUCACUUUUUCUUUCUUUCUUCUCGAUUUCAAAUCAAGGGAGUCCAGGCUGGACGCGAGAUGACAUCCUUAUUUCACCAAGUACCGAUCGGUACUGGUUCUCUCACGUUUAGUAUUUAUUCUAUUCAUUGAAUCACAGAAGUCAUUAGAGACCACACAGCCUCACACGGCCCCUUUAAUCAAUCGGCCCCCUGUUUUUAAGUCUGCUAAUGUAUUCUAUAUUCACGUGAAUCCAAAUUGAUGUUCUCUUUGAAUUGGGUUGUCUCAGGAAUGCAGAGCUCACGCUGUCUGGGAUCGUCGGUAGAGUAGAGGGACAUUAUCGGGGCCACGGUGAACAGCUCUUAGAGACUCGAUGACGGAUCGCACCAUAGAAUGCUGGUGCAACAUGUACCCGCAUGGAAUGGUUGUACAAAAAAAUAAAAUGACUCAAAAGACAUGCACAUUAUACUGAAUAUAUACGGGACUCUCGAAGCCAGCCACAUUACUCUUUAAUAGCUUAUGUGUGUUCUAUAUGAAUGGACUGUCCAAGCCGACAUAUAAUGAGGUCUAUUGUACAAGUUUACUAUUUGUGUGUGUGUGGUGAGUGUGUGUUUUUCACAGUAGCUUGUACAUUUCCUGCUAAUAUACGAUCCUAUUCGUGUUCUGGAGUCCGCCAUCCUUCUGUGGAUGCCUGGGAACUCGAGGAAAAGGGACGGAAUGGGCAGAAUUUUUUUUUUUUUGGGAGGUGAAUUCUGGUCCAAAACUGAAGGAUUUUGAUAUAUUCCCAAACAAAAUGGUUGACAUAUGACCGAUUUGAGUCAUAUUUACGGAGGUUUUUUGUUUUGAAGAUUGAGCUUUUGAUUUUAAACAUGAGCUGAAACAUUGCCUUUUGCAUACUUACUGGUCUGGCCAAUGGUACACAAUGCAAAAUUCCAAACAGGGUUCAUGGGGAAGAGUCCCUUCUCCCUAUUUUCCCGCACACAUUCCGACUUUAUUUUCUACGGUAGCUCGCAAAACAAAAGACCAAAUUCGUUUUUUUGCUUUUUUUAAAGUGCUAAGAUUGAACCCGCAAGUGCUAUCUAACUUGAAGCUUCCAGCUGACGACAGUGAGUCCGGCCAUGAGCCUAAGACGAAGGCCACAGCGCCUCUGUAGCCAGAGCAACGUUCAUGGCCUUCUGAUGGCUCUGUGUACAUCCUGUGUUUAGCUAAUCUUCUUCCCUCUCUCCUGUCUUUUUAUAGAGGCCACUCUUCUCUCCCUUGAGGGUUAACUUUUAUUUAUUUCGAUUCCAACAGUUUUUGAGUCAUUACUGCAAGCUACUUUGAAUUUGUCUGUACAGGACUGCUAUGAUAUAACUUGUUUAUGUGACUCUUGGAUUAAAAAAAGUGGAAAAAUAA